AUAAGCUGCCAAUUUUUUAAUACGAUACAGCAUAUAUAACUUGUGUUUUUUUCUUUUUUCGCAUUCCAUCCAUGUUUCUGACUUUGUAACGAGCUUGCGAGGAAAGCAAAGAUGAACAGCCUGUAUUGCAUCAGUUUUUUUCUCAUCGCUGUCCAAUUUUCCGCCCUCAAUGGCGCACCUCAACGUGGAUUAAGUUGGUCAGGUGUUCCCAUGAGCGUUUUCGUGGAGAAAAACGAUCCACAUUUCCCGGAGGACUUCAACUCCUUCGCUGACAGUGCAGAGUGUAAAGACGAAAGAGAUUGCAGUUGGAUCCCCAAUGAAUUAGCAAAGCGGCCAGGAGAAAAUUUAGACGAAUACUGCUCGAGGCACAAGAACACGCCGGCAGUUAAACAAUGCCGCAAGACUUGUAAAUUCUGUAAAGCACCAGCCCCCGUUGUGUGUAAAGACGAAAGAGAUUGCAGUUGGAUCCCCAAAGAAUUAGCAAAGCGGCCACAAGAAACUUUAGACGAAUACUGCUCGAAGCACAAGAACACGCCGGCAAUUAAACAGUGCCGUGACACUUGUAAAUUCUGCAAGGAACCAUCACCCGCUGGCGAAGAGCCAUCCCCCGCUGAGUGUAAAGACGAAAGAGAUUGCAGUUGGAUUCCCAAAGAAUUAGCAAAGCGGCCAGGAGAAACUUUAGACGAAUACUGCUCGAAGCACAAGAACACGCUGGCAGUUAAACAGUGCCGUAACACCUGUAAAUUCUGCAAAGCACCAUCACCCGCUGUCUGCGAAGACGAGCGCACCGACUGUUAUGCUCUUGUAGUCAAGACGGGAGGCGGACAGGCGCUUGAAAAUUAUUGCAAUCGAUGGAAGGCAGAGAAUGCAAUACAGCAAUGUCGUAGAACCUGCAACUUGUGUUCCAAGCCCCCUUCUCCACCCAUCGAACCAGAGACCAUGGCACCUCAGACAGAGCAGCCUACACCGGAGACCGCUGAACCAUCAGGUUUUCAGAAAGAUUGCUUAGAAGUGCACAACUGCUAUAGAGGUUUUCAUAACGCCCCUCCCCUUCGGUGGUCAGCGGAGCUAACGCGUGCGGCACAGGAAUGGGCUGACUACCUUGCAAGCCGUGAUGAAUUUGUUCACGAUCCAACUCUGGAGGCCAAGGGUCAGGGUGAGAACCUCUACUACAAGAGUCCUUCCAAGAGGCUGUGCAAUUACGGUGAGUUCGGACCAGAAUGCCUGAGCUGCGGUGAGAUCGUGACGCGGUGGUACGACGAGGAAAUUGAUUAUGAUUACGCAACAGGGGAGACAAAGACACCAUUCGCUCCAAUAUUGCAUUUCACUCAGAUCGUUUGGAAAGCGACCAGAGAGGUGGGAAUGGCAACUGCUGUGGGACACGGCAAGCUGAUUGCGGUAGCGCGUUAUUCUCCCGCUGGAAAUACCAAAGGAUUGUUCCAGGAAAACGUCCAUCCCCCCCCUGAGGGAAUAUUGGAAGCUCCACAAAGGAUUUGUUUACCAAAAAUAGUUACCUGAGCUCAACUUAAAACUGAGCAACAACUUGAAUGUUCAGUUACAGUAUUGCCAAGAGAUCAUUAUGGUAUUUUAGCGUUGCCCUUUAUUUUAUAAUACGUAAUAUCAUUAUUUUAAGACCAUAAACUUUGUAACUGUAGUAUGUUGAGUAACUCCCCCGCACCUCUACUUCCCUUACUUCCCUUGAGCAGAACCUCCACCAGGGGAGCCCUUUGUCCAAAAUAAAGUGUCCCCUAAAUAGAGAUGUUUUCUCAUUUAAGGUUGCAGAAGAACUUUUUCAGUUUGGCCCAAAGUUUUCGUUAUUUGAAUGGAGGUGUCUGUCAACUAAAGAUGUAUUAUAGAGAAGUUUUACAAAUGUAGUUCAGGUUUUUGGCAAUAAAUUUGAUUUCACGAAA